GCCAAGGUUGAUGAGGUACUACACCAUCACCACUGGCAAGACUAUGGGUUCUCCUAUCCAGUUUAUGAGACAACUUGGAGGAGGCUUCACUGAAGUGAUGUCACCAGAGCAGAGUGAUGUCAUCAUGGCUUUCUGUCCCAUCGUCUCUCGUGCUGGUACUGAUAUUGAGGCAGCACUGCAGCAGAUUCCAGAUGGUAAACCUGUCAUUCUGGUAGUACUGCAUCACUUUUUUAACCCAGAGUGCACUGUACCUGACAGCAGCAGACUAGUGACCAGAAGUGAUGUAAUACUCACAGUGGACUGUCUCUUCCAUGAGAGUAAGGGAGGACUACUGAACUGUCCUCGCAACAACGCAGCAGUUGGUAACAUUGUGAACCUGCUGAACAGGAAGCCAAAGGUGAUAGAUGUUGUCGUGGACAUCCCUGAUCUCAGAAACAGGCCACACACGUUUCUUGGAAGCAUGUCAGGGAUGGUGAGAUUCUUCAUAUUUGUUGUUGGCAAUACCUUGGGUGCUCAUGUGGAUUUGACAAGACAUCUCGUCAUCAGAGGAGGCUGUACUGAAGGGAUGUCACAAGAGGAGAGUGAUAUCAUCAUGGCUUUCUGUCCCAUCGUCUCUCGUGCUGGGACUGAUAUUGAAGCAGCACUGCAGCAGAUUCCUGCUGGUAAACCUGUAAUUCUGGUAGUACUGCAUCACACCUUCAACCCAGACUACACUGUACCUGACAGCAGCAGACUAGUGACCAGAGGUGAUGUAAUACUCACAGUGGACUGUCUCUUCCAUGAGAGCCAGGGACUAUUGGAGUGUCAUCACAAUGAAGCAGCAGUCAAAGAGAUUCUGAAGAAGCUUAAUAUACAUCCUGAGAUGGUGUCUUCCAGUAUCCUUGAUUGCACCAGGGCAGACAGGCGUUGUUGCCCGAGACCACCAUUUGCAUUUGUUGGGCUCAUUAUUUUUCUUGUUCUUUUGUGUUUGGUGGUAUUUUUGAUUGUUUCUUUCUAGAAACAAUGAGGUUUAUCAAAAUAACCUAAUGGAAACAGAGCAAGUAGGUUCAAACAGAAAUAAAGGAAUAAACUGUAGAAAUUACACAGACAACACAGAUAAACUGACUUAAUUAUACAUAAAAAAUAAUGAAUAAAGCCUAAUAAAGCACCUACUCUACCUACCUCUAUCAGGAUAGUGUAUUAGUUAAAGAUGGCAUGAUGCUCAUGUAAUAUUGUCGGCCUACUCUGAUUGUAUAUUCUGUGUUGUCACUUUAUUCUGCUUUGA